AUGUCGGACCCAGUCCUUCAGCCCUCGCCCAGUCCUAUAACCCCCGGCCUCACCUCCAAGUUGAAAUUGGUUCCAAUUUCUUAUCUAAGAGCCUGGGGUCAGACUGGUUGGUUCCAGUUCCUGACUCUGAAAGGGUACCCCUGCACCAGAGCCCCGCCCCUAGCCCAUUCUCCACCACUCUUCCUAGAGCCUGUUCUUGCCGACGAUGUUUCUGCUUGUGACAACCCCUCUGGCAACCGGCCCUCUGGGGCUAACAGAGACCUCAGCAGGGAGUCCGAGUCAGAGGAGGACUCCAGGUCGGACAGCAGCUCUCGCAUCGUGAACGGGUCAGACUGUGAAAAGGACAAGCAACCUUGGCAGGGCGCGCUACUGCUGGGACCCAACAAGUUGUACUGUGGGGCGGUGCUGAUCAACCCACAAUGGCUGCUCACAGCAGCGCACUGCAGAAAGCCAGUCUUCAGAAUCCGCCUGGGCCACCAUUCCAUGUCACCUGUCUACGAGUCCGGGCAGCAGAUGUUCCAGGGAAUCGAAUCCAUCCCCCACCCCGGUUACUCCCACCCUGGCCACUCCAACGACCUCAUGCUCAUCAAAAUGAACAGAAAAAUCCGUGGUUCUCACUCAGUGAAGCCCAUCAAGAUUGCGUCUAGCUGCCCCGCCCCGGGGACCAGGUGCACGGUGUCUGGCUGGGGGACCACAAGCAGCAGCCACAAUAACUUCCCCAAAGUCCUCCAGUGCCUGAAUGUCACCGUACUGAGUGAGGAGAGGUGCAGGAACUCCUACCCAGGACAGAUAGACAAGACCAUGUUCUGUGCUGGUGAUGAAGAGGGCAGGGACUCCUGCCAGGGUGAUUCCGGGGGACCUGUGGUCUGCAAUGGCCAGCUGCAGGGCCUUGUGUCCUGGGGUGAUUUCCCCUGUGCCCAGCCGAACAGGCCAGGUGUCUACACCAACAUAUGUCAGUUCGUUAAGUGGAUUGAGGAUACCAUCAAAUCCAACUCAUGAGCCACACCAGGACCCAUCAGCCAGCAUCAUAGCAUCAUCCCACUACAAUGAAGAACACUGCCAUUGAAGAUGCUGCGGACAGAUGUCUCCUGACAUCAAGAUCCUCGUCCCAAAUGGUGGACAGGCUCUGUUCCUAUAUCCAGACCCCAGGGACACUUCCUGGAAUGACAUGGGUUGGGCUGAAACCUAUCAUCUUCAGUAAAUCAAUCCACAAACCCAGAGUUGAGCCUUUUCUGCAGCUAUAACCCAGAUUUAGACCCAGAAAUAAAACCAUGGGAAGAACCUCCUCGGUACGUCUCCUCCUGUGUCCUGCUGCUAUGCGCAAGUGCUGUCUUAGAUACUUUUCUAUUGUAUGCUAAGACACGAAGACAAAGGCAACUUAAAGAAAAAAGGAGCUUAUAUGUGGCUUACUGUUCAAAGAGUUAGAGUCCAUGACCAUUAUGGGGUGGAACAUGUCAGCAGGCAGGAGGCAUGGUGCUGGAGCAGUAGCUGAGAGCUCACAUCUUGAGACACAACCACAUGACAAAGGAGAAAGCUAACUGGGGGUGUCCCAGGCAUUUAAAACCGCAGAGCCCACUACAGAAACACACCUUUCCCAACAACACUGUACCUCCUCAUUCUUCCCAAACAUCUCUACCAAUUGAGGAUCAAGCAUUCAAAUAUAUGAACCUGCGGUGACCAUGCUCAGUCAAACUCACACCAGCUUCUCCUCCACAACAAUGGACUUGCAGGGGUCCUUUGGUGACUUUACAUUUUCUUUA